UCCCUCCCCAUUUUCAAAAUUUCCGCUACUGGUUCUCCAGAACCUGUCAGACCUGGCUGAAUACCACCUCUGAAACAAUUCAAUAGGGGACUGAUUCAGCAAUCAACUGCAUCUAUAUUACAAAGUAAAUUCAAUUAUUGUGAUGGGAUUCUGUCCAAAGGGUAAUUGAGCUCUGAAUUUUCCCAUUUGAUCACUCAUUUUGAUGAGCUCUGCACAAGACCAUUUGUUAAGUAUGUGAAAGAUCUCUGGAUCGAAUCAUGCCAUUCAUAAACAAAGAAAUAAAAAAGCUGAUUAUAAUUAUUAGAGGAAAGUGUCUUUGUGGAUCAUUCCCAAACAGCCUUCAAAAGAAAAAUCUUUUCACAAUCCUUAACAGUAUUAAAACAUCCUUGGUUACUUGUCUUGUUCAAGAUAACAUUCUUACUUGUAAAGUAAAACUGAAUAUCUAAAUGUUGCUUUUUUAUUUUUAGGAACUAAAAGUUUUGUAUUACAUUAUUGUAGCAUCGGAUUGUCAACCAAUUCCAGGGUUUGUAAUAAAGAAUGGCAUAUAAAUUUUCGGAUGAAGAUGAUUGCGAUAACUGACUUUCGGAUCAGUUUUGAUUCAUCGCUCAGUUUAACGCCAGGGGAAAGUAGCACCUGUUGAAGAAUCGUGCAAUUGUUCCAAAGCUCUUGAGGAGGUGGAUAACCAGAGAAGAUAAUACUGUAGAACCUGGAUCCCGGGGUGGGUCUUCCUUUAAUUAGAAAAGCGAGCAAAAUAGAUUUCGAGACUGAAGAACAGGCGGUCCUUCCUUUCUCCUGGAUCCGAAGCGGAGGGGGCGAAGAAGAGAGAGGGAGAUCUGACCGCCAGUUCUGAAAUCCAUGGAUAUCAUUGCUCUUGAACGUGAAGAUCGAUAACUGCGCUUCCCCAUUGGUAGGCUUCGGUUAUGUAAAGGAGGAAGUGGAGAAGUGCCCAAAACAUCGCAGCCACCGAAGCAGCAGCAGCAGCAGCGCGCGCACACCCAAAAUUUCUACGGGCGGGCGCUUGCAACUUCGGAGCCUCCAGAACUGCUGUCUUUGCGGCGUGCCUGUGUUUGCUGCUGCUGCCGCCGCCGCCGCCGCGACUGCUCUCCCUUCUCCAGUGCGCGCUUGGAGCAGCUCGAGAAGUGAGUGGAGGCGGCGCUGUGCAUGCUGGGCUCAGAUCAUGGUGGGGCUUGGCAAUAGGAAGCCAGGCAGGAAGGACUGGAAGUAGCGUGCGGCGGCGAGCGAGCCAACCAGCCAGAGCUAGACCGAGGGCUUGCGGAUCGUGUGAGCCGAUCGCCUGGCUAGAUCGGAGCUGGAGUGAAAGGGGAAGCAAAGUCCCGUAGGCAGAGGCGGGACAGGGCUGCGAGGGAGGCGGAACCGGGGGAGGGGGUCAUUGGGAACCGCGCUGUACGCCGCCCCCCUCCUUCGUCUUCGCCUCCCCUUCUGCCGAUCUGACUGAAGGAGAAGGGGGGGAAAGGAGAGGGGAAGGGAAUCCCCGCUUCUUGCAAAGGGAGGCGCCGGUUUGAUUGUCGGUACUGGUGCUCGAAGCAAAGCCGAAACAAGAGGAGCGUAUUUGGGCGCCGCCAACACCUCCAGGAACAGCCGCCGCCGCCGCCGCCGCCGCCUCCCCAUUGCCGGGAGAUGGUGGCAUAUGAAGCGCGCUGGAAGGACCAUGGUUGAAAGGAACAGCAAGUUCCUGCUGAUCGUGGCGGGGUCGGUGUGCUUCAUGCUCAUCCUGUACCAAUAUGUGGGGCCGGGGCUGAGUCUGGGCUCGCCGAGCGGCCGCUCGUACCAGGAUGAGCUGGACCUCUUCCCCACUCCGGACCCGCACUACGUCAAGAAGUACUACUUCCCCGUGCGGGAGUUGGAGCGCCAGCUGGCCUUCGACAUGAAGGGGGACGACGUGAUCGUCUUCCUGCACAUCCAGAAGACGGGCGGCACCACCUUCGGCCGCCACCUGGUGCAAAACGUGCGCCUCGAGGUCCCCUGCGACUGCCGGCCCGGGCAAAAGAAAUGCACCUGCUACCGGCCCAACCGCCGGGAGACCUGGCUCUUCUCGCGCUUCUCCACGGGCUGGAGCUGCGGGCUGCACGCCGACUGGACCGAGCUCACCAACUGCGUGCCCGGCGUCUUGGACAAGCGAGAGAGCGCCGCGGUCAAACCUCCCAGGAAAUUUUAUUACAUCACUCUGCUAAGGGAUCCUGUGUCCCGUUAUCUCAGUGAAUGGAGGCAUGUCCAACGAGGAGCUACCUGGAAAACAUCCUUGCAUAUGUGUGAUGGCCGGACACCAACCCCUGAAGAACUGCCAUCAUGCUAUGAAGGCACAGACUGGUCAGGCUGUACUCUUCAGGAGUUCAUGGAUUGCCCAUAUAACUUAGCUAACAAUCGCCAAGUGAGGAUGUUGGCUGACCUAAGCUUGGUAGGCUGCUACAAUAUGUCCUUCAUACCAGAAAACAAACGAGCACAGAUACUGCUGGAAAGUGCCAAGAAAAAUCUCAGAGACAUGGCCUUUUUUGGCUUAACAGAAUUCCAGAGAAAAACACAGUAUUUGUUUGAGAGAACUUUCAAUCUAAAAUUUAUCAGGCCAUUCAUGCAGUAUAAUAGCACAAGAGCAGGUGGAGUGGAGGUGGACACCAAGACCAUACGGAGAAUUGAAGAACUUAAUGACUUGGACAUGCAGCUGUACGACUAUGCAAAAGACCUCUUCCAACAGCGCUAUCAGUACAAAAGGCAGCUGGAGAGGAUGGAGCAGAGAAUAAAGAAUCGGGAAGAAAGGCUUCUUCACCGAUCAAAUGAAGCACUUCCCAGGGAAGAGACAGAAGAACAAGGACGGUUGCCUACCGAGGACUACAUGAGCCAUAUUAUAGAGAAGUGGUAGCAUUGAAAGAAUUUUAUACAAAAAAAAAACCAAGAUAUUAGUGUUUCCAUUACAAAAGAACAUGGAAUUAAAAAAAAAAACUUAUUUAAAACAAUCUGUAAAACAGAAAGUAGAAUGCUUCUUUAAACAAAGGGUCUUUUUACUGUUUCUUACCAGACCAAUGGGGUUCUUAAUAAAACAAAAUAAAAAUAAUAAAAAAGUGAGCUCAGAGUUUAAAAUGCACAAGUGUAGUCCCCUAGAUCUGAGGCCAAAUAUCACCACAUAUUUCAUCUCCUAGCUGCAGAUCUAGACAUCAUAGAGAAAGCUUUUGUACCACUCUUCUCCAUCGGCAAUGGCAAAUGAGCUUCAAAGAAUCAGUGUUUUCCUCCCUUGUCUAUAUGAGAUGUUCAGUGGUGAACGUCACCAUCAUAAUGGCAGUGAACCUGCCACACAGUGACGUGGUCCCAGAUCCAGCCUGCUUGACUUCAGAUUGAAAUCAUGGCUAAAACAAAGGCAGAAUAUAUAACCAACAGCAGUCAAACUAAAAGGAAAUUUAAAAAAUAGAGAAUAAGAAACAUUCAGCAAACAAAUUACAGCCUGGACUACGAAUUGGGGACUGAAGUUUGGAUUACAUGGCACUGGUGUUUUGCAUGCAUACAUUCACACUCAUACACUCUACACUAUCAAAACAACUGGUGAAUCUGUGCAUACAUUUUCUCAGCCUUUGUUAAAGAGAGAAUUAAAUCCCUUGUAAAACUAACUGUAAGUGAUCUCAUCACAAAGUGGUUUAAAAAAAUCAUUUCCUAGAGAAAGACUGACUGUGUAUCACUCUAAUAAAUUUAAAGAAUAUGAUGAACUGAGGCCAACAUAUUCCAUGCAAAUUCUAAAUUCUCAUUUGGUGGUGGUUCUGCUCAUGAUGGAAAAUAUUCUUCCCCUCUGUUUGGAUGUUGAUUUAAUACGGCACAGUUAUUAUUCAAAGUGAUUGUUCAUUAUUUGGCAUUACAUAUUGUCCAUUGCUGUAUAGUGACUGCUAUACAAUAAACAUUAGAUCAUUAUAAGCCCUAGGUCAAUUGAGGCUAACUUAAAAUUUAAUGAAGUAAUUCGUCUCCACUGAUUGAUGUCGGGAGAUUUAGAUGCAACUAAUUUUCACUGGAUAAUAUCUACUAUUUAUGGGAGUGCUGAUGUUGAAUUUAAGACUCUGCGUUGCAUCAACACAUGGCAGCAUUUGGCUGAUCGUGUCUGAGCUGAAAACCUAAGCAGUCUCAGGACUUAGGAGUGUGAUAAUAUUAAAGGAUACUAAGGCUUUAGACUAGAUGAGAAAAUUGGGGGGGUGGGAAAUAAUCCCAUAAAGGUGGCACUUCCACAGUAUUACCAAAAACAAAUCUUGCAUGGAUGUGUCCAUGAAGUUAUUUGCUUACUUGAAGGAAACUUUACUUGUCUGGCUUGCUUUCUUAUUUUUGAGCAAACGAGAACUUGUAAGGCUAGAAGCGCUCAGUUGUUCUCACUUCAAGCUCUGAUUUUAUAAGCCUUUAUAUAAACAUUUUUUUAAAUCACAAUGCCAUACAUUUUUUUCUUUUUGAAAGCAUCCAGUUAUCAUUUACUGUCUCUCCAAAAACCUAUGUCUUUUAUUUUCAAAACACUUUUAUAAGUUUUUAAAUAGUUUUAUAAAAUGAGAGUCUGAAGGAAACCAAAUUGUGUUUGUCAUUAUGACUUAUUGUUUCUGUUCUCUUGGAUACUGAGUUAACUUGUAGAUAGUAUUUGAAUAUGAAGGUUGACAGCUGAUUCUCAAAGAUUGGGCGCACUCUGCAUCAUAGAGAAAAGCUAGUACAUGGUUUUCAGCACAAGAAAGUAUCGAACUUUCUUUUGGUUCUGUAUCUCAAUAUAGGUAGUGCUUGACAUAGAGCUAUUCAUUUAGCAGCCAUUCGAAGUUACAAAACAGUGACUUAACAACUAGUCCUUGCAUCUGCAACAUUUGCAGUGUUCUCCAUAGUCCCAUGAUCCAAAUUCAUGCACUUAGCUAGUGGCAUAUAUUUACGAAAGUUAAAAUACAAAUGCAAAAAGUUGCAAUGUUCCAAAAUCAUAUGAUCACCAUUUGCAACCUUCCAAGCUGGCUUCCAACAAGCAAAGUCAAUGUGGGAAAUUAAAUUCAUUUAAUAAUGCAAUAUGAUUCAGUUAAUAAUUCAAUGGUUCACUUAACAACCAUAACAAAAGGUAAAAUUGGGUGUGAUUUACUUAACAACCACCUUGCGAAGCAACAGAAAUUCUGUUCCCAAUUGUGGUCAUGAAUCAAGGACUUCCUGUAUUCUUUCCCACAGUUCUCAAUGUAAGCUUCAUGUCCUAAGAUUUGGUCUUCUUCCUAAGGAGGUUGCCUAAUUAAGCAACCUAUUAUAUAUGCUCAGCUUGCUGCUUCUAUGUUUCAUCCACAGGACAGUGAGUGAUAUUUAGAGUGAUAACAGAAGGAAAACGUGAUUUAAACAUAACCUUAUCCAUCUAUUUCAGUAUUUAACACAAAUACCAAGGGACCUGUAAUGAUCUACAUCCUGAAAGACAUGCUAGUUCUUAAAUACAAAUAUUUGGCAGCUCAAGUCAGUCGAAAGGUUUUCUGCUGUAUUUGAAAAUGCCCUUCAUAUUCACAGUUCAUCAAAACUAAGCAUUUGAAUAUAACUGGGAUGGGGAGGGAGACUUUAUAUCUCUAAAUCUUAAAUUUAGGGAUUAACAACAGUCUGCUAAUUCUCUGGAAAACUCUGGACUUUUGCAACAAAUAAAAAAACUUUUUAAAAUUAUCUGCUUGCAAAAACAUCUGCCGCAAAAACAUUGGACAUGCAGAAAAUGGAGCUUUACCCAGAGUGUUUGUACUGGGUUCAUCACUGUGGUCUCACAAAAAUGUGCUGCAGCAACUAAUCAAUAUGCAUAGUGUGAACAGCAGAGAGUCUGUUCUAUUAGGCUUUGUAUGACAAACAGCAAGUUUCUAGGGCUUCUUCAUCAUGUGGAUAAAGAUAAAGGGAAACUAGGUUUUUUGUGUGUUUAAAUUUAAUUUCCACAACAACCUGGAUUAAAAAAAACCUUAAUGGAUCUGCUUGUGAAAAUAAGCUUCCUCCAAUAUUUUUGUUUGAUGUUUUUAUAAGUAAAAGUUAAGAAAAUAAAAACUACUGAAUAUUAUUGUCAGCUUCAGCGCCAAAGUGAGUGAAUGUGUGGUCAUUUUAUGCUUAGAUCACAAUAUAGUUUCUUGCAGCAGAGAGAAAUAACAAUUUCAUGGCCUGUCACAAUAGUUCAGUUGUCUUCCCAACUUUUGCUAAGAUACAGUAUUAUACUAUUACAAAGACAUUUAAGUCAUUGAAAAUAAUUUGGACUAAUCCAUCUAAGUUGGACAAAAAGGACUGAAACUGCAAAGGCAAAUAAGCUAUGAUUGGGUAUGAGAAAUAAAGGAAAACAGUCCAGGAUUUUAAAAUUGUUAUAAGGACAAUUAUAAGGAUAUAGAAAAAAAGUGGGACUCUAAAAACUCUAAAACGCUAAAUGUGACUGUUUAGAAUGGAUGUUUGGAUGUUUAUUAACAUUUGUAGGCCGCCCUUUUCCCUGAGGGGACUCAGGGCGGCUCACAUAAAAUCAGGAAGGGGGAAUACAAACAAUGACAUAGACACAUAUAAUAAAAGUAAUAAGCAACAUACAUUCAUUAAUAUCAUGGGAAGAAAUUUUAUAUAUUCUUUGAUGUGUGACCAGAUAGUUCAAGAGCAGAUCAAUGAUACUGUAAAGAAAAAAAACAUGCUUAGCUUAAAAUCCUUUGUCUACAAUAUAACAGGGCACUUUUUGGGUAGUUCCUGUUGUGUCUUUUCAACCUCCAUAUCAUCUUCUGAGAUUUCCUUAACUCUGACAGGAGCAGUUUAUAAUGUCAGCAGUGCUGGUGCUGGGGAAGUCUAGAAAACAUCUCCUCUAGCUAUUUAAAAUCAGCAUGCUUACUUAGUCAGAACAAUCCCUACAGAAGAAAUGUUAUAAACAUUUCCAACAGCAGACAUCCUUCCCACCGCACUCCCUAGUGUUCCAGGACAUUGGUUCCAGACUUUUAGCAAAAGAGAAUUUUGCAGUACCAGCCAGCGCAUAAUAGCUCAAUCUUCACUGAAAUUACUUAAGAAAUUGUUUUCUGCAGAAGCCGCCUGAAAUGAGAACUGAAUGGGGAUUUGUGAAAUAGUUCUGAGGCCAUAAGCCAGCUAAGUAUUUUUCAUAUAACACAAUGUAUUAGAUUUCUUGUCAGUUUUUUAUAACUGGAAGAUCCUUUCCAGAAACAGAUGUAAUUAACAAAGCUUUCCAACUUGGAGUACACUGGGAUUAGAUUGAGGGCAGCUUUCCCUAGUGAAAUUUCUUAACAGAGAAGGGUAAUUACAAAAGAGGAAUUAACCAGUUGAAUGACUAGUGCUCCCUCUGUUGUUUUGGGACUCUAUUGUGGUAUCUGCACUCAGUCUUGUGUUCUUAUAGGAAAUCAGCUCCUAGCCCUGACAAUGAAAACAAGCAAUUUCAAGCAAUUUCCUUUAUGUGUACCAGUUGCUGGGUAACAAUAGGAGUUGACUUUUCUGGAAUUAUCUAGUUCAGAGCCGACUUGGGAAUUCUGGAAAUUGAAGUUCAUACAUCUUAAAGUUGUUGAGGUUGAGAAACACUGAGCUAGCUGACUUUUAGGAGAAACGGGAUGCUUGACCAGAUAGACUUCUCUGGCUUGAUCAGGUAGGAAGGUUUUUCUUCAACUGCAGUAUGCAUAUGGGUUGGCAUAGUAUUUUGCAGAAUAAUUAUUAGGAAAAUUUAACAAAAGGAAAAUCUAGUGGUUCUCCAUUUUUGGCAUGGGAAAUUAUUAACUCAUUGUACUUGUGCAAGAUUUCUCUCAUCAUCUUAUUAAAUACACUGAAAUGCUACAUUCUAAGAGUUUGGAUGUGUCUAAUCUUGUAGCCAUUUUUUUAAAAUCUACAGAGAAUUGUCUUGGAAAUUAUAGCAGUAGUGGGGAAAGAAUAGCUUCAGCCAAGCCAACCCUCACUUGGUAUACCUUGAAUAUGUUCUGGCUAAAAAUCCUUUGCUGGCUGGAAAUUCUGUAGCUGCAGUGUAAUUGCAUCUAGAGAAUAAGGUUGAGGAUGACUGACAAGAAUAAAGCAUGUACAUAAUGAUUUUAAAAGAUUAUGCAGAAAGAUACUGCAUCUUUUUUUAAAAGAUGUUACAUUAUUUGAAUGGGAAUGUGGAAUAGCAGAGACAUGGCAGAACAAAUAUACAUUGCAUAUAUGUGAUCUAACUAGCAAAGUAUGUGGAAGAGAAAGACCAACAUUAACUAGGAUCAAUAUAAGCUAGGCAAGGGAAGCCAUGGUUCAAGGGAAGCCAAGGUAGAGUAUAUGCCAAUGCCAAGUUUAUCCCCAAGUGUUUCUAGUUUAAUACUAAAAAAGACCAAAUAGUAAUUUUAAAAAUGUUGCUUAAAAGCUGAAAAAGACUGCCAGCCUGAUAAAUUCCUACAUUUCCUGUCUAGUGUACAAACACAUACCAUCAUGAUCUCUGCUUGAAGACACAUUUGUUUUCUGAAUGCAAUAUUAUUUGACUUUUCUUUAAAUGUACUAGCAAUUUCUUGUAAUGAAAUCCCAUUAGGCUUCCAAUUGUGCAAGUGGGAAGAAAGUUGCUUGGAACUACUACACUAAAUGCAAAGGACUGCCAAACAUCCAUGCUAUUACAUGAGGCUGAAUUUAUAUUGCUUUUCUUUUUCAAUUAGAAAGAUCAGACUUUUAAGAUGAGAAACAAAGGGGCAUCAGAAGGCCACUGCAAAGUCUUCUUUAUGAGUUCAGGCUCUCUUCCAGUUCAUGUUUGACACAUGCAAUUCACAUUCACACAGAUUUCUCCAAUCUAUUCUGAUCCUUCACCUGAAAAAACAUAGAUAUGAUUAGCAAUAUAUUGUGCUAGUCUAGUUUUGAAUGGAAAGGGUAGGUUUGAAUGUCCAUUUUAGUUCUAAAGCAUCUAAAUUAGGUGAAUUUUACAUUUAUAGAUGAUUCAUAAAUUAAAGAUUGUUUUGACAGGCUUAUGUUGCUAACUUGAAUACUACAGUCCUCUAGUGUCUUCAAAUCCAUUUGAGCCAUGCAGUUCUUUAUAACUACCAAGAUGGUAACAGAAGAUGCAACAUUUCCCAUGAUUGGGCAUAGAAUAUCAUUAGAACCAUUGUACUUUUUGUUGUUACUUACAUUCCAUUAAUAUGGACAGGUUUAAAAAUUAUAUAUAUUAAAGUAAAGAGGAGUUGGCCAACCAAAUGAUUAUCUCCAAGAGUGGGCUGAAUGCAUUCAUAGGCUGAUCGAUUGAGGUUUUCCUCUCAGUGAGGUUUUAUGUUAAUAUCUUUGAUUUCUAAUAAAUCCUGAAGCGCAUCAUGGGGAAGAGCUCCAGCGUGUGAUUCUCUACCCCAUUCCGUCCUAUAGUUCCUACUUUUUCUCCUCUGCCUUUUUCUCAGGUGCUCCUUCCUACAUGUUGAAUUUGAUGCUGAACAAUGAAAAACAAUUGUUGAACUUAUUUUCAAAUGAUGAUUUGUUUUGUUCAUGCUGGAAUAUGUUUUAAUUUAUUUGUGUUGCUAGUUUGAACUGAUUUUCAAUUGCAUUUUACAAACUCAUUUUAGUUUCAAUAUCUGCGCCAAUGCCUCUGCAAAUUUUGGUGAGUGCUAGUGUUUCUAACAGCACAACUGCAGUUGAGUGAGAUAUCAUGUUAAUGUUACUUGCUUUAUGCAAACUGCUUUUAAUUUCACAAAGCUGUCUAAGCUGCAUUAUGAAGCCGAUGAAUAAGCUAUUCCCAAGGAUCUGUUUCCUCUCCUUUCUUUGGGUAACUUUAUCUAAUAAACUGGUACUUUGAUCUUUCUAAACUCCAUUUUUCUCUCCUAUUUAAGAUCUCAAACAGGCUCUUCUUAUUAACACUGAGAGAAUCUACCUUCAGACCAUUAUUUUCCAAUGGACCGACUCUGUAAAAUCUGCAUGUUUGCUGCAGAAACUAACAGCAAUGUUAAGACUGAAUCAAAUAACUUCUAAAGCUUUAUAUAUUUAUUUAUAGCUUCUUUUUUUAAAAAAAAUGUUACAAAGAGAAAAGAUUGUGUUCCUUUUACUCAUCUCAGUAACUACUACAAAAACAGACAAAACAAAAUAAAAGAAUAGUCACUUAAUUGUUUCUGUCUAGAUCAAGACUGGACCUUAGCAAGUUAAAUAAAGCAUACAGAAAGA